GGGGCCGCGCUGAGGGGCGGGCGGCGGCCGCUGGCUGCGGGGAGCGCCCCGAGGGUUCCACCUGGUGCUGCCUGCGGCGGGGCGGGGCGGUGACCAGCACAUCCCGGCUCCUUCUUCCUCGGAGUAGCGGGGGUGGAGAGAGAGGGGCUGGGGGAGGUCCUCUCCGCCCCCAUCGGAGGGAGCGGAGCAGAGCGGAGCAAGGGGAAAGCAUGUGAAAAUUGUUCCUAUUUCUUCAGGUCUGUGGACGUGAGUUUUACAUUGGAGUUAGAGGCAGCAUUUUUGACACUCUUUGCAGAGCGGUGUGGUCCUGACAAGCUGCUUCUAGUGUCAGUAACAGACCUUCUACCAUGAGCAAUUCUACUCCAGCUACAGAUAAUGAGAAGAAAAAAAGUAAAGGAAAGAGAUCUCCAUGUUCCCCUUCACGUGUCCUUCAUAUUCGUCAAAUUCCAAAUGGUGUUACUGGAGCAGAAGUUGUUUCAUUAGGUCUCCCUUUUGGCAAAGUAACCAAUCUCUUGAUGCUAAGAGGAAAAGGUCAGGCAUUUUUGGAAAUGGCUUCCGUAGAUGCUGCUGUUUCUAUGGUGAACUACUACACUCCUGCUACACCUCACCUCCACAAUCAGCCAGUUUAUAUUCAGUAUUCCAAUUACAAGGAACUUAGGACUGACAAUCAGCAUAAUCAGGCUAGACCCCAACCUGUGCUGCAAUGUGCGAAUGCUGUGCAGCAUGGAAACCUGGGUAUUACAAGUGCUCUUGCUGCUGAAGGUGGGGUCCUUCCAAGUCAUGGUUCUGUUCUUCGAAUCGUUGUUGAAAAUGUCUUUUGCCCUGUCACUUUAGACAUACUGUAUCAGAUUUUCUCUAAAUUUGGCUUUGUCUUGAAGAUUGUCAUGUUCCAUAAGAACAAUCAGUUUCAAGCUCUGCUCCAAUAUGCUGACGCAAUGAAUGCAUAUUAUGCCAAAAUGUCUCUGGAUGGCCAUUGUAUUUACACUGGCUGCUGCACUCUGCGUAUUGAUUUCUCCAAGUUAACUAACCUAACGGUGAAGUACAACAAUGACAAAAGUAGAGAUUUCACUCGCAUUGACCUUCCUUUUGGUGAUGGCCAACGAACCAUGGAGGCAUCCUUAUCUACUCCCUUUGCUACCCAAAAUACUGUAUUUCCAUCAUAUACAGGGCCUCCCGGGUUUGCCCCAGCCUUAGGCUUUCCUCAGGGACCAGGUCCUUCUGUCCUGCCUGUUCCUGGAGCACUUGGUCCUUUCACGGUCACCACAUCAGCAGCACCUGGACACAUGACUAUUCCUGGUAUUCCAGGAAACUCCGUUUUACUAGUCAGCAACCUCAACCCUGAAGCCAUCACACCUUAUGGACUUUUCAUCCUCUUUGGUGUGUAUGGUGAUGUACAUCGUGUGAAAAUCAUGUUUAAGAAAAGAGGAAUUGCUUUGGUUCAAAUGGCAGAUGCAACCCAAGCUCAAUUAGCUAUCAACUACUUGAAUGGACAGAGGCUUUAUGGAAGGGUCAUGCAUGCUACUCUUUCAAAAUAUCAGACAAUUCAACUUCCUCGUGAGGGCCAAGAGGACAAAGGUCUGACAAAGGACUAUAGCAAUAGCCCUUUACAUCGCUUUAAGAAUCCCUGCUCUAAGAAUUUCCAAAAUAUCUUUCCUCCAUCUGCAACCUUGCAUUUGUCCAACAUCCCGCCUUCUGUUACUGUUGAUGAUUUGAAGAACCUUUUUACAAGUAAAGGAUCUACUGUGAAAGGCUUCAAAUUUUUCCAGAAAGAUUGCAAAAUGGCUCUUAUCCAGCUGGGCUCUGUGGAAGAAGCAGUUCAUGCUCUCAUUGAGCUUCACAAUCAUGACUUUGGAGAAAACCAGCAUCUCAGAGUUUCCUUCUCAAAAUCCUCAAUCUGAAUUUUCUGUGAAUUUUCCCUUUAAGGCUGCAUAAUGGUUUUAGUAAAAUCUUCAAACAGAGACUGAGACAGCUCUGACCAACUCUGUCUCUUAAAAGAAAAACCUCAUUCAUACACAAAUAAUUAAGUGAUUAUUUUUUCUGAUUCUAGCUGCAAUUAUGUCAUCCGUGGAAAGAUCUUCUGUGAAAUCAUUUUAGCAACAAUAUUUAUCAUCAAAUUUCCUACUUAAAAUUAUGUUUUGAGACCAUCCUUUCAGCUUUUGUUUGAAAUCAGCCUUACAAAACAAUUUCGAGUGCUUUUACAAUGUACCAAACGAGUAUGUUUAAUGAAAAAGUAAGCCUACUCUGUGCAGAUUAAACACUAAUUUGAAUGUGAAAUAGCGCUUGGGUUUCUUGCAGAAAAGCAAACAGAAACUGUGAGUAUCCUCUAAAUAGUAUUUAUGUUACCAAGGUGUACGUUCAUACUUUGGUGAAUCUUUACAAAUAACUUGUUUAUAAAAAUAAAAAGUCUGUGCUGUUCUUAUAGAUUAAAUUAUUAGAGAAAAGGCAGUGCCUUCUCUCUGUGGAAUAAAAGUAUUUGAAAAGUUUCUUCAAGGUGUGGUAUUGGAGAAUUAGUUUGACUUGACUGUGGGUUGGAAGUUUGAUGUCCUGUUUCUACUAUGAAGGGAUGUGCAACAGCACCUUGGAGAAAAUAAAACAAGAAAAUGGUCUUGAUUUAAAAUAAUUUUUUUACAUUUCUCUAAAUAAUUAAAUGUUUGCAAUCUUAUGGAAAAUAUUCAGGUCUGUGAUGGUUUUUCAAGUUUUUUAGAAGUUAUUUUUGCUAAGGUCAUCUUUCAGGGCAGAAAAAUUAAACCUUGAGGUUUUUUACCACUCUACAGUCUAAUACUUAAAUUACUGUGUAUUUACCUAAUUUCUUAUUUUGUGCCUUACUAUAUGUGUAUGAAUAGAUUAGAGUGUUACCUGAAGUGUCUUGCAAAAAUAUUGUGGGCUUUGUGAAAAUUCUCCUCUGGGUCUUUUUGUAAAUGUUUUCCACGAUAAUUCAAGAUAUAUUUUUUCAUUAAUUAAUACUUUGAAUUCUAGUUUCUUGUGCGUUCUUGUGGAGAUUGGAUGUAGAUGGGUCUGAGGUUUCAUUUGUUUUGAAAUCACAUAGGGAUUCUUUCAAUUUACCUAGUUGCACUUCUCUGAUGGUAGUUCUUCACUGAUAAAAAAUUCACACCCAGAAAAAAUAUACUAAAAAACCAAAUAAACCUAUAUAGGAGGGCCAAACAGCAAAUCCAGUUAGUUUUCUGGACUUCAUCUGACUUUUUGAGAGACACUGGCUGUAUCAGAAUAUUCUUUCCGAUUUCUGCACUUCUUGUAUUUUUAAUACUUUACAGUAUUAAACUUAAAGUAAUAGAAUACUAUAAUUCUUUCCUUUGUAAGUAUGAAAAAAUUCUUGAUACUGAAUCUUGAUUCCUCUUUGGGGAAUGAGCUAAGAUGCAGUUAGGUUUUGCCAUGAGUGUACAGAUGAAUACUAAUGACUGAUCAUAUUUUAAAAAGCUAAAUUUAAUUUUAAGAGCUUUUUUCCCCUAGUAUUUUCUUUCACAUAAAUUAAUUGAAAAUUAAUUUAAUUUUACUUACCACAUUUCAAAGACCUAUUUCUUUCAAACAAGGCAUUUAUUUACUUCUAGCAGAAUUUGUUUCUGCUGUAAUGUUUUGCCACUCAUAAUUGUUUUUGUUAAUGUGAAUUGUAUGACUUUAUCUUCCUAGAAGAAAAAGUAUGUUUCUACCAUGAUCUGAGUAUUCUGUAGUGAGCUUUCUCAAAUUUUCUCUCUGAAUUAUUUUUGCAAAAUCAGCCUUUUCGUAGCUUGCGAGAUACUACCUUGAUCUAUGUAAAUUGAUUACAAGUGUAGUAUUAAGGAAACUUCCCUGCCUGACCAUCUGGGAGCCACUCUGGCAGUCACUCUUGCACCACCUGAGCUGGACCUGGGGCUCUUCCCAGGUACAGCCCCCACACUCCCACAGUCAGAACAGGUUUCCUUUCUGGGCUGACCCCAGGUUUCCCAUAGCAGUCUGGGGCAUCCCAACCAUUAAAAUCAUUUCAUCACAGCACAAUAAGAAACAAACAGCUCGGGCUGGUGUCUCUGGGGAGGGACCCAGAACAAAGGAACCCCUGGGCUUUUAUCCCCUCACCAAGCAUGGGAAGGUCUGGGACCGUUCCUGCCAUGUCCCAGUGUCCGGUCCCCUGGCUUGGCCACAGGUUCCCAGGCCCUUGUGUGCCCAGGGUGGGCUCUUCAGGGCCUCUUUGCCUGGGCUGCCCCAACCUGAGCUCAACCUGCAGCUCCCACUGCAGCUGCACCCCGAGCUACCUCAGUGAACGUGUUCCUCAACAGUAGCAGCCAAUCUGACUGCACAGAUGUAGCUAUAUUAAGUGCUGUGCAACACAACCAUGUAUAUAUGCAGAAUUUACUAUGUCCUGGAAAGUUCAACUGGCUUAGAAAAAAUAUUCCCCUAAGGGAUGUUAUCUUUUAGAUUUCACAGAAUCACAGAAUGGUGUGGGUUGAUCUCCAUGAGGUUCUCACAGUCUCACUGCUCAGUCUGCCCAGAUCCUUCUGGAUGCUAUCCUUUUUUUCCAGGUGUGCUGACUGCAACACAUAGCUUGAUGUUGUCAGCAAACUUGCAGAGGGUGCAGUUGAUUCCACUGUCCAUGUCACUAACAAGGCUGUUUAACAGCUCUGGUACCUGAUUAUCCUUACAGAGCACUGCUCAUUAUUGGUCUCCACUUGGACAUCAAGCUGUUGGCCACAACUCUUUGAAUGUGGCCAUCUAGCCAUUUCCUUUUCCAGCUAGAGGUCCACUCAUCAAAUCCAUGUCUCCAGUUUAGAAACAAGGAAGUUUUGUGAGACAGUGUCAUGCUUUGCACAAGUCCUGGGAGUUGACAUCAGUUGCUCUCUUCUUAUCCACCAUUGCUGUAAGCCUGUUGUGGAAGGCCAUUAAAUCUGUCAGGCAUGAUUUGGCCUACAUCUACUUCAUAAUCUUACUGGGAACCAAGGUGGGACUUCCAGCCUUAUAGUUCCCUGGGUCUUUCUUAUUUCCCUUUUUACAAAUGUAGGCUAUAUUUCCCCUUUCAAAGAAAAGCAUUAGCUUUCACAGUUUCAUAGACUUAGGCUGCUCAGAAAACCUCUUUUCCUCCCAGGCUACACAUUACUUCCACCCUCUGUAGCCUUUCUUUUAGUGUUUUGAGUUCAUCCAGUAGUUCCUUGUUCAUCUAACACCAUUCUGACAUUUUUGCCCAACUUCCUCUUGGGAUAAUCACUCCUGAUCUUGGAGAAGAUGAUCCUUUAAUUAAAGGUGUCCUUUAAUACCAACCAGCUUUCUUGGGUCCCUCUUCCCUCCAGGGCUUUAUCCCAUGAUAUUGUAUGAGGCAGAUCCCUGAGGAGGGCAAAGGCUGCUCUCCUGAACACCAGGGAUGGACUGAAGUUCCCCCUGGCAUCUUUCAUUUAAAGCCUUUCUCACUAGCCUGGCAAGCCUGGGGCAGAAGAUGCUCUUUCCCUCUUCUACCAGAUGGACCCUGUCAGCUCUCAGUAGACCCAGUUUCUGAAAGCAAGUCCCAUGGUGAAUGCAGCCAAACCCCUGGCUGGGAUACAGCCCCAGAAGCAUUUGUUGGUUCACCAGAUUUGACUGGCCCUUUCAAACACCUUUCCUUUGACUGUGAGCAUUGAUGAAAAGACUGCCUGUGGAAUCUUAAAAAAUUUUAGCUUAGAAAAAAUUUGAAUGUUGGUAUUUAUUAUGUUUGCUUUCUGGUUUUGUGAUACAAGUAUUGUGUAUCUUGAUUCACCUUUACUGUUCUGUUUUUGCAACCAAAUUAUUCUUGCCAACAUACUUUUAGAUUUGUGUGUAUCUGAAAGGUGCUACCUCUUAGGGAGAUCUGCUUUUACAAGAUAUGCAGAUAAGCUUUGGAACUUGACAGUACGCCUUAACAUUUGCUUAGCAGCAUGAAAGGCACUAGUUAAGGCUACUUUUUCCCCUUUAGUGUUCCACCUUGGAAAAUUGAAAGCAUAACCAUAACACCUUAGUUAUUACAAUGCAUUGUUAGUGAAGAAGCAUGGCAGAAGGAAUAAUUUUUAUACUUUGUGAUUGAUUCAUUAAUCCCUGGUGCAGAAGCACAGUUGCAUCUCAGUUCUUGAUUCUCUAAAGCCCUUGAUAUCUGUGAAAAGAGUAAGAUUUAGGAAAGAAUGAUAUUCUACAGAGUCUCAUGGUGAUGUGGAUGGAAUGGGGCCUCCAAAGGCCUUAGUCCUACCUUUUAGUCAGAUUAUAGAUAACUUUAAGCAGUUACUCAAAGUAUUGUCCAUGUUAAUUUAAAAAAAAUAAUUACACUGAACAAAUUCUCUGUUCUUCGCAGUUCCGUUUGGCAGUCCUCAAUGUGAAUUUGCUUCCUUAAUAUGUAAAGCUUUAAACAUACUACAUUCUAUGUCUUUUGCCUUUUUCCCUGUUCCCUGUGUAACUCUGAAGAGGAUUCUGGCUUCAUCUUCUCUAUACUGUGGCCUUAAGCUGUUAAAGAUAUGUUUAUAAUUUCUUCAACAUAUGUUAUUAAUUUCUGUUUGUGAAACAUCUGGUAAUGUGCACAGUUUAAAUUGGAAUUUGGGCACAUGGUGGGAUUAUUUGGGGCUGUCUUAUGCAGGGCCAGGAGUCGAACUCGAUGAUCCUUGUGGGUCCCUUCCACUUCUGCAUAUUCUAUGAUUCUGUGACUGUAUUGUUAUGCCUCUGUAUAUGUCAUGUCCUUGAAUCAACUCUGAGUUACCUCCUAGUCCAUUGUUUUUGAUGGAUGCACACUUGGUUCAAAGUGUAAUAAGGCCUUUUUAACAACCCAGGAGCAGCUAAGUGCCUUUUCAAAUGAUCCUUGAUUUGUUAUAUAAUGGUAAAACUUUUGGUUUUUUUUUAAUUUCUGCAGAACUCUUAAAACAUCAGAAUCAACUUUUGAAACUUUGACUUAUAAUUUGACUCAGUUGUCUUGUCUGCUGGUCCUGUAAGUUGCACUGGAUUUGUGUGCUGAUAAAUUGAGGUCCUUUUUAUUCAGAAGAUAUUCCACAUACCUGUGGAAACUUGCCUAUUUUUGACAUUUUUCUGAUUACAGGCAGCAAACCUGUGUUUGUGUGCCAAGAAAACUAUUAGUCUUUGUGGAUAGUAGUGCCAGUGAGGUCUGUCUGAUCAAUUAUGUUGCCCUCCUCUGAUUCAUGUCAGUAGGAAAGUGGUAAGUUGGGGUUUUUUAUAAGAGAUGUAGACCUACUACUUGACAUUUUAUGCUGUUAGCUUAUAUUUCUGUUUUUCAAAUGAGAGGUCAACUGCCUACAAAAAGCAUUGUUUGCCUUAACCUUUGGCCCUGACGUGUUAGCCAGAGCACAACUACUAGGCUUAGUCUUGUUACUGUUGUGCUGAAACAAUACUAGUCAGAUUGCACAGAAUUUUUUCUUUACAUUAUCUUUUUUCUGAAGUUUUGUUUGCUAUAUAAAAGAUUCUUUGCCUGCUCUUUUCAAAGCAAAUCCUAGCAGUUAGAAUAUAAAAUUCCUGAAGUAUUUAACUUCAGGGUUUUAUUGAUGGGGGAUGUGAUAUAGGAACAAAAUUGGACCAAAGUUUUUGUGCCUUCAGUAGUUUUAUAUGUAGGGUUUUUCUCCGUAUCUGUAGGUGUCUUAAGUAUAAUAAAUACAUCUUUCCCCUCUGGAAAAUGUAUAUUUAUAUUGUGAAAAAUUAAUAUUGUCUACUGACUAUACAAGAAGUGAACUACAGCUGUUUCAAUACGGAUUUAAUUAGUCUACUGUCUUUCCCAUUUACAGGGUGUUUUUUUUUUUUUUUUUUUUUUUUUACUGCAAAGUGUAGGAAUCCAAGCAUAACUCACAUUAUUUCUUACUUCAGAUAAUAAUGACAUGUUGUGCUUGGAGCAGUCCCAAAGAAAUUAAAUGCUUACAUAAUUGAAGGUCCUUGAUGAAUGAAGAAAGCUUUUACUUUAGCAGAUUAAUGUCAUCAUUGUAAGCAGUUUUUCAGUUCUUGGAAACUGUGCUUUAUUUAUGAGUGGGAAGCUGCCACACAUAAACUUGAUUUCAAGCACUUUCCAAUUCUUUUUGAAUAUGUUACCCACUUUCUACAGAAGUUCACCAUAGAACUGCAGCAGCACAAGAUGAAAGUUGCUAACCAAGCAGAUUAUUGCAUCAGAAUGUAACUUAAUUCUCUGACCAAAGAGUGUUCUGGUUUUACUGAGAUAUGAAAACCUGUUUUCUCUCACAUUCCUUUCUGAUGGGAAGACCCAAUGCAAAGUGGCCUCUAUUUGAGACUGUUACUGGUGGUAGAAACAGUGGAAAAUGAAAAUAGUAAUGUGAACCAAAUGGUGUGAGAGAAUGCAAAAAGUAAAUAUAUUGCUUUUAGUACUGUACUCAAGACACAGUAAACAUCUCUAAGAAUUGCUGUCAUUUCCUCAUUUCACAUGAUCUGUUCAUAAAAAUUCCAUUUCAGUUUAUAAAAAUGUUCAUGUAACACAAGAAAAUACUGUAAAUAUUUGUAGCAUCAUGUUUUGUUUUGGUUUUGGUUUGUUUUUUUUUUAAUCUGGAAAACGAGUGUUUGGGGAAACAAUGGAAAUGAAAAAUGUUUUUAUAUAAAAAUAUUGUCUGUAUAUUUUAAUAAGCAAAAGCUUUCAUUUGUAAAGCAUCUUGUGGCAUUGCAUGAAAAGUAUUUUAUAUCUGUGGAGAUGACUUAAAACUGAAGAGAUAUAAGAUGUAUAAAAGAAACCUAUUUUGUGACUGUGUAGUGCAUGGUGAAUAUGAUUUUGUUUGCGCUGUAAUAUAUUCUGGUUUUUUAGGUUAGUGUGGUUUCUGAUUACAUGAUAUCUAUGCCUAACUACUUUCCUAACUCUAGUUGUUGUAGCAUGUCUUUUAAUAAAUGUAAUUAUGACUGUACUCUUAAAUUUUCCUGUGUUCUUGACUAUUACUUUGGGGUUUUUUUUGGUCUUAAAAUUGUGCAGCUAAUAACAUCUAAUUUUCUGGGGUUUUUUCCUUUAGCAUACAUGGGCAUCUAAACAAAAGCUUUUCAUAUCAAAAGUAUUUUAAGAGGAUUAAUGCACAUCUUCAGCAAGAAGUGAAGGUCAGCAGCACUUAAAUUUUUUCCUGAGCAGUGCAAAAAUUCUCAUUUUCAGUAGGAUAGAAAUUUAUUCUACAACUCUAAACCAAUGCAGUAGUUGAUGGCUAUUUUGUUAUUUGAGACAGGAAUGAGAGGCUUCAGUGAUGAGAGACUUGGAGCCUUAUCAUUGAGAACUCCUUUAUCUUUUACCAUGCUGUACUCUUUUCUAGUCCUAGGAUUGAAGUUCAUAUCCUUUGCACAAAGAUUUAAAAAAUGUAAAUAGCAGCUUAAAAAGAUGGUCUGCUUUCAGCUUCCUGUUUCUCAACUGUCUUGUUGAUUGCCUUUCUUUCAUACUCCUUUGGUUGCUCUUCUCCAUGUUGCACAACACUAAUUUAGACCCUCUUAUUCUUGCAUGCAAAAUUCAGGAUUGAUGGUAAACAGGUAGUAGUCUAAGGCCAUAGAUACAAAUACGAGGUGAGUGCAACACCUCUAUGAACUAAAAUUUUCAGCCAGUCUGGCAAAGAUUUAAUUGUCUGCCACCCAGUAGAUUAUGCAAUUGUCAGUCUCUGAGUGUAGAUGCUUUUGUGGGAAGAAAAAUCUGACUCAGUUUAGACUGAAUUGCAAGUUUCAGCAAAUUAUUCUCCAAAGGCUAGAUCUGAAGUCCCCAUGUGUAACUCUUGAUUUUGUCCUUGAUACUUAAAUAUUUGAUAAGCAUUCUGGGGAAAAUGCUAGCUUUUAGUGGCCAUAAUUUGGCUUCUUAUUUUUUGACCAAGUCUGCCUGAGAAUGUAUGAGGAACUGAAAUUCCUGACUGUUGUCUUCUCCCAUUACUCCUUAACCAAAAAGUAAAUCCUAUCAUGAAUUCUUGUCUCUGGUUGUUAACCCUACAAUAC